CGGCGGUGGUGGCCGAGUAACUUCCGGCGGAGGCGGCGGAAGGCGAGCCCCAAGCCUCAGGUUGGUGAACGGAAGAGCCACCGGAGUCGGCGGCCUCCACACGAGCAGCACCGAGUCCGUCAGGUCGCCUCAUCAUCAUCUGAGCCAACAAAACAACCACAACAACAAUCAUCCGAGACUCAACAAGGAUGACAGCAUCAAAAUCAGCAUCGAGAACACCAACACUUGCACCGACAGUCUCGUCACCGCUCUAGACGACGAGACCUUGCUCAUCACCGACUUCCUUGGCGAUACUGGUAACGAGAUGAACUACAAGGGUAGCGGCAAGGUUCACUUCGGGGUUGACGAUGUCUCGCUCUAUGGAACCCCGAAGGAGGAGCCCGGCCCGGGACUUCCGGGUCAGGAGGUCAAGCAGAGUUUUCUCAAGAACCAACUGCAGGCCCUCUUUCAACCCACGGACAACAAACUGGCCAUGAAAUUGUUCGGCAGUAAAAAAGCCCUGAUGAAGGAACGCAUAAGACAGAAGGCGGCGGGUCAUUGGGUUAUACAUCCCUGUUCCAGUUUUCGAUUUUACUGGGAUCUCUGUAUGCUUCUACUGCUCGUCGCAAACUUGAUCAUUCUACCGGUUGCCAUUAGUUUUUUCAACGAUGAUUUGAGCACCAGGUGGAUAGCCUUCAACUGCCUUUCAGACACGAUAUUUCUCGUAGAUAUUGUCGUCAACUUCCGGACGGGUAUCAUGCAACAGGACAACGCCGAACAAGUGAUCCUGGACCCGAAGCUCAUCGCUAAGCACUACCUCAGGACGUGGUUCUUCCUGGACCUCAUCUCCUCCAUACCUCUCGACUAUAUUUUCCUCAUAUUCAAUCAAUUUCAGGACUUCAGCGAGUCGUUGCAAUUCCUGAACGCUGGACGUGCCCUCAGGAUUCUAAGGCUGGCCAAACUUUUGUCGUUGGUCAGGUUACUUCGUCUAUCGAGGCUCGUUCGUUACGUUUCGCAAUGGGAGGAGGUUUAUAUCCCACUUUACCAACAGCCGGAGAGGCACUACGAGCGUCGGGCGACUCCGCCGCAACCAGACCGAACCAGCAAGAUAUUGCAGAACCUACAAAAAAAACGCACUGAGCGGAGGGGGCGCCUAAGCUCUGACAAUAUGAAUAAAAAGAAGUCCGGUUUCAGCAAAAGCAACCUUAUUUUUAAGUUCCUGAAUAUGGCCUCGGUGUUUAUGAGAAUAUUCAAUCUCAUCUGCAUGAUGCUGCUCAUCGGUCACUGGAGCGGAUGUCUACAAUUUCUAGUUCCCAUGCUGCAAGGCUUUCCGAGCAACUCAUGGGUCGCCAUAAACGAAUUGCAGGACUCGUUUUGGUUAGAACAAUACUCGUGGGCGUUGUUCAAGGCCAUGUCGCACAUGUUGUGUAUAGGAUAUGGAAGGUUUCCACCUCAGUCACUUACGGACAUGUGGCUGACGAUGUUGAGCAUGAUAAGCGGGGCGACGUGUUACGCCCUGUUUCUUGGUCACGCAACAAACUUGAUCCAAUCCCUCGAUUCGUCGCGAAGACAAUAUCGCGAAAAGGUGAAGCAAGUGGAGGAGUACAUGGCGUAUAGAAAGCUUCCCCGAGAAAUGAGGCAACGGAUAACCGAGUACUUCGAGCACCGAUACCAGGGCAAGUUCUUCGACGAAGAGUUGAUCCUUGGCGAGUUGUCAGAGAAAUUAAGAGAAGACGUCAUAAACUACAACUGCAGAUCCCUCGUGGCCUCUGUGCCUUUCUUUGCGAAUGCCGAUUCGAAUUUCGUUUCGGACGUCGUUACAAAACUGAGAUACGAAGUCUUCCAGCCAGGAGACAUAAUCAUCAAGGAGGGUACGAUAGGUUCAAAAAUGUACUUUAUCCAAGAAGGAAUAGUGGAUAUAGUGAUGGCGAAUGGGGAAGUAGCAACGUCCCUCUCGGAUGGUUCAUAUUUCGGGGAAAUAUGCCUCUUGACGAACGCGAGACGCGUUGCAUCGGUCAGAGCCGAAACUUACUGCAAUCUCUUCAGCCUCUCGGUGGAUCAUUUCAAUGCAGUAUUGGAUCAAUAUCCAUUGAUGCGAAGGACCAUGGAGAGCGUUGCCGCCGAGAGGUAUAAGCUUUGGUUGAACAAAAUCGGCAAGAAUCCAAAUCUGGUAGCUCAUCGGGAAGAGGACUUGGGCAGCGAGUCCAAAACCAUCAACGCAGUCGUCAACGCGUUGGCUGAGCAAGCUGCUCACGCAAGUGCCAGCGAAGAAUCGGUUCGUUUUUUCAAAAAUCGAAAUCAUUUUCGCGCUUUGGUGCAUAGCAUGGAGCUGAGAGCUUUACCCUCCUGCCUUCUACCGAGACCUAAGUCAGAGAAUAAUUUUGCAAGUCAAGAGCUGACGCGUGAAGGACGACGGAUCUUCCACAAGAGUGAUACCUUCCACAAGGAUUCGUAUCAAUGACGUCACUCUAUGUACUAGCACACACAGAGAUAUUAACUGGGUCCGUACUGAUGCGCUGUACCUACGCCAGGUUUUUUUUUUUAAUUAUUUUACUUCAAUACGAUACAUAUGUGCAUACAACACUCAUACACACGCAUUUACUACUUAUAAUAUUAAAUAAGAAAAGAAAAAAAAUUAACACGUGAACGUCACUUCGAAACACAUUAAAUAAAAAUACACACAGCUGCGGUACAGCAAAUGAAUACAGAUCCAAAUCUGUGUCAUAAGAGAAGUGUUAACAAGAAGUGAAUCGAUUGGGUAACUGGAAUUAUCUCAAGAUCGCAGCUGGUCCUGCGAUAUUUCAAGUUAUCAUUUGAAAUACGACACGGACUCUUUGAAGCACAGGUUUUAUAAAGCAUAUUGUUGCCAGUACAAGGGUGCUCUUACGAUUAGUUAUAUCUUUAGCAAUACACAUGAAAGUUCUGCAGUUUUUCUUGCUAUAUAUUUUAUAUCCAUGCACACAUUCAGCAAGACAGAGUGUUUUUACAUAUUGUCAGCUUGGCGUAUUUAAUUUAUAAUUAACUAGUAUAAUUCAUAAUUUUUAUCUCAUGAUAUCGAUGGAUAUAGCAGGGUAGUUCGGAUUUACUUGAAUCGGUAAAGUAAUAAUUUGAAGUAAAAAUAUUAUGCAUCACAAGCAUUCGUGUAGCGUGCCUCACAGAAUCUCCCAAAAGUUUUCUGUUGAAUGGUUUUUUUUUUAUUUUUUUAUUUUUCAAUAUGUUAUUUUUGUGAAGAGCGUCUCAUCUUUUGUGUUAUAAUGUGUGUUAUUAUAAUUUUAGAGGAGCUUUAUUUAUACGCAAGUAGCAAGACUCUGUCUCGCUGUAUAAUAACAAGUGCGGUAAUAUGUUACACAUAAAAACGCAGCGAGUAUCCUAGGCUUUGAAAAAAAGAAAAAACAAAACUCUAUAGAAAGACUAGAUAAAUGAAAAUUAAACUUGGAAAAAAUUGAAAAGAAAAAAAAAAACUAGACAAAGAUGCACUGGGCUCAAAAACUCUGUUACCUUGUUGAAAGUUUUUGGGACCCACGUAUACAUACCCUAUAUAUACCAAUACUAUAAUUAUGUAUGUACGAGUUAUCAAUGGUGUACAAUGUUUGCGUUUUUCUUUUUCUAUUUCUAUUGUAUUUUCUUUUUUCUACUUUCUCGCUUUCUCAAACAAGUAUAUCUUUUUACGGCAAAUAUAAUGUACUAUAAAAAGAAAAAAAAAAACAAACUAUAAAUACGAUAUACCAUAAUAAAUUAUUAUUACAAUUACACAGUAUAAUAGCUAUCAUAAUAAUAAUUAUUGAAAAGUUAUCACUCUAAUACAAUACCGUGCAAAUUGUCAGCAAGGCUUGUUACCUCAGUCCAGUGGUCUGAGAAAGGAGAAAACAAAAAACACGAUUUACGACAAUUACUAAAAUAAAAUGUUGAUAGUUGAACGCGGCCAACUUGAAAAAAAUUGUAUGGACGCAAAAGAAACUACAAUAAUAAUUUUAGCUGAGGGAUACUUUUGUAGAUGUAACGGUGAUCAUCACAGCUAGGGUCAGGAGAAAACGAAAUUUUCUAAAACUGUUAAAACAAUACUACUAUAAAUAUAUAAAUAUAUAAUAGUUAUCGCAAAAAAAUAAUGAAAUAAAAACAUACUCAUAAUAAAACGCGUAUUGUAGAAACAUAUUAAAUACUAGAUUGAGAAAAUUGCGAUGAGAUAAUAUUUAAUAUAGUAUUUAGGAAUUUGCUAUAACUAUUGUAAAAUAAUUGCUGUGGAUAACGAGCACUUUUUCUAGAUAUCCUGGCCGUGAUAAUGGAAUGAAAAUGAAUAAAUAAAUAAUGGUAGGAUACAGAAGGGAUGAGGUUACCGCUUCGCAGUAAUAUCGACGCAGGUGAAUUAAAUAUUGCGAUAAUAUGCGUAGUAUACGCGUACUUUAUACAUGAUAUAAUUUGUUGAGCGAAAAAGAAAUUUACUACUACGCGAUGUACUCUGUAUGUGUAACCAUACGUCUGUAGAGUGUCUGGAGAAAUGUAUAAAUAUACAUAUAUACAUGUGUGUGUGUGUAUAUAUAUAUGUAAGUUGAAUAAUAAUCUUAUUAUGCAGAUGUGAUAAAAUUGGAUGAGGUGUCGAGACAAAUUUCAGAUGAAGACAGAGUAAUACCGUUCCACCAAAGCAUCGAUAGAUUUUUCUUUCUUGAUAGUUAAAAUGUAUCGUUCUGGCACAGUUAUAUUUUUUCCUUACUUGCUGGAUACUUAAGAAAUAUACCGUGUUGAAUUUGGCAAUCGAACGAAGUCGCAAGUUUUGCAUAGGCAGUAAAUUUUAACGACAUUAUGACAAACUUAUACCGGUGAAACCUAUCAGUAGGAAAUAAUGACUUUUUAUUUUUCAUUAUUUUCGUGUUUGUAAGAAAAAGUAUCGAAAAAUGCCUAUAAUAAAUAUUUUUUAACGCUCCAAUUGAAAUAAAUUAAAUUAUUAUUUCAAGCUUAUAAAAAGAAAGAAACUUUUUGUAAUUCCUAGUCUAUUAUUUAAAUCAACUUUUUAUUUCAUUGAUUUGAUUGAUUUGAUUUGAAGAAUUUUGCAAAUCAAAAAUGACAAACCAGCAAAUUUUUGUAUUAUUUUUCAAAUAGCUUCGUACGCCUACCUCCCAUUGUGUAAAAAGCCGUGUGGAGAAGAGAUUUAAAAGGGGGAAAAAUAAGGAUAUUUAAAACAAAACUGUAGCCAGCCUUGUACAGAAAAACCCUAGCGUCAAUUAUAUAUAUAUAUAUCUAUAUCUAUAUAUAAUUGAAGGUAAAUAUAAAAAUAUAAUAAUAUCGGUUAUAAACAUUAACAAUAAUAUAAAUUGUAUUACGAUAAAAGCACGUGCUUGUGCUACAGGUAUAGUAAAUAUAUAAAAACAUUGAAUCAUACUGUUAUUACUGCUUCAUACUCUGUUAUUCGUGCUACGUUGGGCUCAAUUCGAAUUGCUAUGUAUAAAAGUUUCUACGAAUUCCUAACCAAUUUUUUUCCAACAAUUAUCAAUCGUUGAUGAUUUUAUUCUAUUACAUCUAUGAUCUGACUCAAUUGCACAAGAAUUCACUUAUUCAGUUUUAAAUCCAUUGUCAUAGUCAAAGAGUAAAUCAAUCAAGUUUUAUUUGGGGUAAUUGAUGAAACGCAAUGUGAAAUAUUCAGUAGAGCCCAGAGCUUAGCACCUUUAAAUAUACUUGCCAUUAUGAAUGCCUUAGCGAACAUGAUUGUAAAUGUAAACACUAAGUAAUGGAAAAAGAUUUACAAUCAAAGUAUGAACACACAUAUACAUACUAUACAUAAUUACACAAAUGAUACACAGUGAGAAUAUAAUAUUAAACUAAGGAUGAGUAUUUAAAAGAGAUAAAGAAAAAAACUGAAACAAAAAAAUUUAUAGUCGUGGAAAUGUAUCCUCGGUGGCAAUACUCGACUUCGCCCGUCCACUUAGUUUAGACCAGUCUCUCACUCACUCAUUACUCAAUCACUCAAUCACUCAAUCACUCACACUGACACUCCAGCUGCUCUUGGAUUUUCUAUAACAAACAUAUAUAAAACUAUCGUUUCAAACUUAGAAGCCAAAAGAAUAGAAGAGAAAGAAUUAAAACUAGCCCGUGAAAUUUUUAUUUACAGAAAGACAAUUUACAGAUACCAUGAACUUUUGAUUUUUUUAAAAGAAAACUAUUUAUAAAUGCACUGCCAAUUUGAGAGACACUAUAAAGUGCCAUCAUAAUUUGAGGACGGUUUCUUAUCCGUCGUGUAUUUUAUUUAAAAUCACAAUUUAAGUUAAACUCCAAAAAGAUUUAGUCUCUCAGAUAUAUAAUUAUAAUCUUAAAUUAAAGUCAAUUCUGACGUUUUGGGAAAAAAAUUAAUACAGAGCCCUCUUAUAUACAUCCCAUUAACAUGUGCAAACUUUUAAUGCAAUAUCGAGUAAAAUUAUUUAUUUUACAAUUUAUUCAGAUGUAAUAACGCUAGAAACUAUCAUUUAAUCAAUAUGUAAACUAAUAAUACUAAAUUCUUGAUUAUCAAGAAUAUUAUACGACGUUCAAGAAGUAUAUUUUAAUCUCUGGUAGUCGAGUUACAGAUAUACUUAACAGUCUAUAAAAAGAAGCAUAUCAUUCCAAAGUUUCACUUUAAUUUGAAACCCCAAAUAUAUUAUAUUAUCUCAAGCAAUGUGCUAUAAGCAAACGAAAUAAUGAUGUAAUGAUAGGUUGAAAUCGAUAAUACAUAAAAAAAAAAGGUCACAAAAACAUGGAAAAAAACACGAGCAUAACAUAGUCAAUUUUAAAACAUUCAACUACACGUACUCGACAAAAAUAUUCAGCUCUGUUAACAUUACACGAGAAUAAAAAUAGCCAUACUAUUAAUUAUGUCCAUGAGCAUAAGAUCCGACGCAGCAUAGACUAAUAGGUGACACAUUUUCUCAAUUAGUUAUAACCGGAGUACGAUCUAGAGCCAACUGAAGAUUAUAUCUGAAAAUGUGAAUGGCAAAAUUUGUGUGAACAUUAUUUACUUUCAUUGCGAUUUAUCAAGAACAUUUAUCCAGUAGUGUCACAUGUUAAUCUGUGAGGUGUUGGCAAUACCGACACAUUACAUAAAAUUUAACGACAUUAUAUAAUCGUAGCCGUUAAAGAUAAAUUAAAAAUAAUUUUAAAUUUAAGCAUAGUCGACUCUAGCCUUACGAUGAAGAAACGAUCAUUUUCUAAUCGCUGUAUUUGUAAUCAAAGAAGAAAUCCUUCGUUAUUUGCGGGAGUUCAUUAUAAUUCGACUAGGUGAACUAAAUUUUAAAGUGCGAAUGAAAAAAUAACACAUUGGAUACUCGCUUCACAUAUUUUCUAACGAAUAUUAGGAACAAACGGGAAAUGGAGGAAAAACACAAAUGUGUAGAGUAACGAAGAAGAAAAGUUAUCUUGUGAUUCGCGCUUUAUUUAAAACAAAUGAAUAAAUCAAUAAUAAUAAUAAUAAUAAUAACAAUAAUAAUAAUAAUAAUAAUUAGUGAGUUAGCUAAUGAAUAUAGCCGUACAGUUUAGAGGAGAAAGUAAAUCAAUAAAUUAGAUGUUACUACAAAGUAACAGGCAAAAACAGUUAUAAUAGCUCAAGUUAGAUUUGCAUAUCUUUGACAUAUAUCAGGUGAUAUGAAAACAAGUAAACGGUGAGUGUAAAAUUGUAAUCAGAGGAGUGAAAAUCAAAUGUUUAGCGUCGAAACAACUAUCUAACCGCAGUAAAAUGGCAUUAAGAAAGUUGACUAUUAUGUCCGCAAUGUAUAUAGUUCAGAGAAUUUCCUCUUUAUUUCUCUCACGAACGAAAAAUUAAG